AUGCUGGCCGCCGGCGGCGCCCCGCUGCUGUUGCCCUCGGUCGGCGUGGGCACGUGGUCGUGGGGCAACGAAUCGUGGGGCUGUGGCAGCUGGGGCCCUCGCGACGCGGAAGGCCUGGCGGCCGAGGCGUUCGAGGCUGCGGUGAGCCGCGGGUGCUUCUUCUUCGACUCCGCGCCCACCUACGGCAAGGGGCUCGCGGAGAGAACCCUCGGGCGCCUGUGCGGCGAGGGGCGUUACGCCGUGGUGGCCACGAAGCACUACCCGCGCGCCCACGACCGCGACCUUGCCGCGGCCGUGGCGCGGACGGCGCGCGAGGCCAUUGCGCGCCUGCGCCUCGAUGGGCCCCUGGACCUGCUGCAGCUGCACAAGCCCGCCGACCCGCCCGCGUCGCUGGAGCAGCAGGCCGACGCCCUGGCGGCGGCGGUGACGGCAGGCCUCGCGCGGGCCGUGGGCGUGUGCAACUUCUCCAUGGGCGAGCUGCGGACGGUGCAGGAGAGGCUCAGGCGCGCACACGGCCUGCAGCUCAGCAGCUGCCAGCUGGAGCUCAGCCUGCUGCGGCAGCUUCCCGUCGCCUCCGGCGCCGUGGCCGAGUGCCAGGCGAUGGGCAUCCUCGUCUUCGCCUACUCGCCGCUGGCUAUGGGCCGCCUCUCCGGGAAGUACCGCCCCGGGGGGCCGCCGCCGCCGUGGGGCCGCUCCGGCGGCGAGCCGCGGCCCUUCGGCGCCGCGCUGGACGGGGACCCCGCGGCGCUCGGGGAGCUGCUCGACGCCAUGUGGCGCGUGGGCCAGCGGUGCGGCGGGCGCACCGUGGCGCAGGUGGCCCUCAACUGGGUGCUGGCCCAGGGCGCGGUGCCUCUGCCCGGCGCCAGGGACGCCGCGCAG